GGAAAACCCUGCUAGAGUGCUAGGUAGAGUGAGUAGGCCAGUCAGUGACGACUGAUCACGACAACUCCUGGGCAGCCAGCUCACACCUCCCUCCCUCCAUCUCGCCAACCACGCACGGGGAGGAGGAGGAAGAAGAUGCGCGCAUAUAUCGGCUCGCUGCUGGGCCACGUACGUGUGAUCGACCACCAUUGGCAUUGCUGUCUCUGAAUCCGCGCCCAAUGCGAAGCGGGACACGCUUGCUCGGAGUCGGAGUAGCCGCCGCCGCGGUCGUGUGCGCAUGGCUCGCCUCCUGCUCGCGCGCGUUCCCCUUCCCCAUCCCCUUGCUCGAGCCCUACACGAGCCAGAAGGACGUCGAUGCCAUCAACGGCCUGUAUGCGGCCCUGGGCUCGCCGGACCUCGCCGGCGGCUGGACGGGAUCGGGAGGAGACCCCUGCCGGGAGGCGUGGCAGGGGGUGCAGUGCGACGGCCCCAACGUGACCGCAAUAGACCUCCGAGGUGCAGGCCUGCGGGGGGAGCUGAGCCAGACGCUUGGAGACCUCACUGCCGUCACAGAGCUGGACCUGAGCGGCAACCGGAUCGGCGGCGCGCUGCCGCGGAGCUUACCACCUGCGCUGGCACGGCUAGACGUUUCUUCGAACAGUCUCGGCGGAGAACUCCCGGACUCGAUGGCGAAGCUGAGCUCGCUGUCGACGCUGCAUCUGCAGAACAAUCAGCUGACUGGGACACUCGACGUGCUCCAAGAUCUUCCCCUGACAGACCUGGACGUGGAGAACAAUCAGUUCUCUGGACUAAUCCCAGACAAGCUGCUCUCAGUUCCCAAGUUCCUAAGAGACGGCAACCACUUCACCAUCCCAACUCCGGCGGCUCCUCCAAGCGUGUGGCAGGCACCACCAGCGGCACCAGGAGAGCCUCCAGUCCUUUCUGGCUCGCACCCACCUAUAUACGUGAUUCCAGCUGCUACACAGGACGACGCCCCGCCGAGCGGACACAGGGGCAGGGUGUCCCCGGCGACGGCCGCCGGGUUCAGCGUCCUCGCCGCCGGUUCGCUGGGCGCCGCCGUCGUCGCGGUCCUCCUGUUCACGGCGUCGAGGCGGCGCAGGGAGAGGGAAAGGGCUCUUCGUGUAGGCUGCCUGAGAGGAGCUGAGAUGUGCGCGCCCAGCGCGGUGAGGGAGGCUCGUCUACGAGCAGCUGCCAAACUGGAGAAAGACACGGGGCGCCAUUACUCAGCUGCAGAGGAGAAGAUCGAGCGGACUCCGAGAGAUUGCGUCGAGGCAGCAGGAUCAUCUCUCAAGCACAGCAGCAACGGAGGCAUCGUCGUGGGCGGUUCAGAAGCACAGCAGGAGCAGCCACUGCAACUGCGAUCCGCCUCUUUCACGCUCUUCACCGUCGCAUCACUGCAGCAACACACCGGCGGUUUCAGCCGCCAGGAUCUGGUCAGGGAGACCUGCUUCGGCAAGAUCUAUGCAGCAGAUCGUCCAACGGGAAGCAAGCUUUCGGUACUGAAGCUCGACAGCGACGCGGCGAGGACGCCGGUGCCAGAGUUCCUGGAGGCCGUCCGCGGCGUCGCGGGGCUCCGGCACCCUAACGUGGAGCAGCUCGUGGGCUGCUGCGUGGAGCACGGCCAGAGGCUGCUCGUCUACCGCCACUUCAGCGACCGCGCUCUGGACGGCGUGCUGCGUCUAGAGCACGGGGCGUCGACGUCUGGACCUGAUGAGAAUGAGACCCUUCGCUGGGACGCUCGGGUCGCUGUGGCACUCGAGGCCGCGAAGGCGCUGGAGUAUCUUCAUGAGGGCGCCGGGAAGCAGGUGGUCCACCGGCACUUCAGGCCGGAGCACGUCCUGGUCGACGGCGAGCUCAGGGUGUCGGUCUCCGGAUGCGGCCUUGCUCCGCUCGUGGCUGAGCGGUCGGAUUGCUGCGGCGUGGCGACGAGCUACGAGCCGCCGGAAGCGGGCGGCGGCGCGGCGUGGACGCCCAAGGGCGACGUCUACAGCUUCGGCGUCGUGAUGCUGCAGCUCCUCACCGGGCGCAGGCCGUACGACGGCGCGCGGGCGCGGGGCGAGAGGCGCCUGGUGCCGUGGGCGAGCGCGCGGCUGUACGACCUCGCCGCGCUGCGGAAGAUGGCCGACCCGCGCCUCGGCGCGCCGCCGCCGGUCAGGUCGCUGUCACGCUUCGCCGACGUCAUCAGCCGGUGCAUACAGCCAGAGGCAGAGUUCCGGCCUGCCAUGUCGCAGGUGGCGCAGGACCUGCGGCGCACGCUGGAGAACGCGCGCGCGGUGACGGGGACGGGGAGCGGCGGCUCUGCACAAGUUUAGCUACUUGCGCUCGUGCUCGCCAAUGGACUUGUUGCUCAUCGUGCUCAGGUCGGCCGAUGCAGCAAAGUCCGGCAGUUAACUGACGCGAUGCAACUAUAUCUACGUGCCCGUAAACAUCCAUAUUUCGUUGUGUAAUUUUCUUUCUUUCGUGUAUAGUACAAAGAAAAUGAUGAAGUUACGGAACAUGUACAGCAGCAAAAUUGAUCGUCCAGAGUUUGCCGAGCAAACCUUGCAGCACAGGUUAUUAAUGUAGUGUUUAGUUUUGGAGUAUGACGAAGACCGAGCCGUUUCACUUCU